GGAACUAAAUAUAAGGAGGAAGGAGGAAGAUGAUGAGGAAGAGGAAGAGUUAAAACGGAAACACAUAAAUAUAUACACACGUCAUGCGGCGUGGCAGCUGACUCAGUCACGUGACUCCCAGCUCAGGCUGAUCAACAUGGCUGCAGCAGAAGGGAAGGCGGUGUACUGGUUGGGGAAGGACACACUCCGGGUGUCUGCUGCAUUGUUCGGGGAGAACCGGCGUCGUCUUUGUGUGGCUCUGAAGGCCAAAGACACGCUGCAGCGCAAAUCCGUGGUCCUGCUGCAGGGGGGAGAACAGAAACAGAGAUACUGCACUGACACGGACGAGCUCUUCAGACAGGAGUCGUUCUUCCACUGGACGUUCGGCGUAACCGAGUCUGACUGCUAUGGCGCCAUCGACGUGGACUCUGGGAGAUCCGUCCUCUUCGUGCCCAAAUUGCCUGAAAGCUACGCCACCUGGAUGGGAAAGAUCCACCCACCUGAACACUUCAAGGAGAAGUACGCUGUGGAUGAAGUGCACUACACCUGCGAUAUUGCUGAGAUCCUGACCAACAUGAAGCCGUCGGUCCUCCUCACACUGCGAGGCUUGAACACCGACAGUGGCAGUAUCUGCCGUGAAGCAUCCUUUGAAGGAAUCAGCCGUUUCCAUGUGAACAACUCCCUCCUGCAUCCUGUAAUCGUGGAUUGUCGUCUGAUUAAGACAGAUAUGGAGUUGGAGGUUCUGCGCUACACUAACCGAAUUUCCAGUGAAGCUCACAAAGAGGUAAUGAAGCACAUCAAGCCCGGCCACAAAGAAUAUGAAAUGGAAAGCCUGUUUCAGCACUACUGCUACUCGCGUGGAGGGAUGCGCCACACCUCGUACACCUGCAUCUGUGGAAGUGGGAACAACUCCUCCGUCCUGCACUACGGUCACGCCGGAGCUCCUAAUGACAAAACCAUCCAAAAUGGAGACAUGUGUUUGUUCGAUAUGGGUGGAGAAUAUUACUGCUACUCCUCCGACAUCACCUGCUCCUUCCCCGCCAACGGCAAGUUCACUCCCGACCAGAAAGCCAUUUACGAAGCCGUGCUGAAGUCUUCCCGCGCCGUCAUGGCCGCCAUCAAACCAGGUGUGAAAUGGACCGACAUGCACCGCCUGGCUGACCGGGUGCACCUGGAAGAGAUGGUUAAGAUCGGCAUCCUGUGUGGGAACGUGGACGACAUGGUAAAGGUCCACCUGGGUGCUGUGUUUAUGCCACAUGGACUUGGCCAUCUGCUGGGCAUCGACGUGCAUGAUGUUGGAGGAUAUCCAGAGGGGGUGGAGCGUGUAGACGAGCCGGGUCUCAGGAGCUUGCGCAUGGGCCAUGUGGUGCAGGAGCGCAUGGUCCUCACUGUGGAGCCCGGCAUCUACUUCAUCCACCACCUGCUGGAUCAGGCCUUGGCCUCGCCCCAACAGUGCGCCUUCAUCAACGCCAACGUGCUCACACGCUUCCGCAACUUCGGAGGGGUUCGCAUUGAGGACGACAUCGCGGUGACAGCGGACGGCGUGGAGCUGCUCACCUGCGUCCCACGCACCGUGGAGGAGAUCGAGGCCUUCAUGGCGGACAGGAGCGAGAAAUCGUUCUGCAGCUAAAAAGAUCUCAUGAACAUCUGAAGGAAAUAUCCAUGAUGCAGAUCGUGCAGUUUGAUUAUACAAAUCAGCUUCACAAAUUCUACGCUCUCACAUGUAGCUCACAAUAACAUCUCUCUCUUUUCUUUUUUUACAAAUUUUGUAAUUAUGGAUUCAUUACAGCUGUCGCUAACCAGAAGAAUCACUCGGUAACAUCUGAUGGUUUGACGUUUCCAUUUCGGAGGCGUUCCUCACGUUUUUUUUAGACGAUAUACCUGAUCAGCCCGCUUUAUACAAUUACAUAUUUUUUAAUGAGGUCUGAUGGUUUUCUGGUGAUGUGCAGAUUCCUAAACAAGUUCACAUCCUGGGAAUAUCACGUGUACAUCCCAGGAAAUCUGUACUGAUUAUUGUUUCACCUUGUAGUCUGUAUUUCUGAGCAAAUGUGAAUUUGGUUAUUGCAUGAAACAAUAAAUAUCUUCGCAUCUUCA